AUGGCAAGGGCUAUAGCCAUUGAUGAAUUGAAUCCUGAUUCUCAAUUGUUAAGAAAUUUUGAUGAUGCAUGGCGUGCAGAUCGUGCUCUUAUUCGACAACUUACUUUACAAGAAAUGCAAGAAGAAGAAGAUCGAAUAUUAGCAGCAAGACUUGCUGGUGUCACAUUGGAUACAAUUCCUGAUAAUGUUCGUAGCAUGGCAAUGUUACUUGAUGAUACUGAUGAUGAGAACAACUAUGAAGAUGAACCAACAAGUACGAUUAGUUUACUUCAAGUUUCCGUUUAUGUUUAA